AUGUUUAUUGGCAUUACAGGACCACAAUAUAGUGGCAAGCAUACCAUUGCCCAAUACCUUAUAGAGAAGCACACAUUCCAACACUUGGCCUUGAGGAAUGACAAGACAAACGCUGGUCGAGAGAGCAUGUAUGACAAUGCUUUGGUGUUUGACACUGUGGAUGCCAUGCAGCUCUAUGUCACUGAACGCUGGCAAGAGAAUUUCGUCACUUGCAGUGUAGAUAGUCGAGAGCUAUGGAAACUCAAGAAACGCCCCUUCUUUUUGUUAGUUUCAGUGGAAGCACCCAUAACCAUGAGAUACCAACGUGGGCUAGCAGGGUGUAAAGCCAAGGGCAUUAAGCCUGUUGAUUUAGAAGAAUUUUUGACCCAAGACGAUCGCACCAUGUACAACAUGUCAGCACAAGAUGAACAGAAAGUAGACACGACGACAACGCCACUCUACAACAUCAUGGUGACAUCGGAUCUCAUCAUCACCAACGCUUACAAGGACACAUGCGCUUUAUACGAAGCACUAAAUCGCCUAGACAUGACCAACAAGGAAAGACUUCGACCUACUUGGGAUACCUAUUUUAUGCAACUGUCUGAUUUAGCAGCGAGAAGAUCCAACUGUAUGAAGCGCAGAGUGGGGUGUAUUCUAGUCAAAGAUUCCAGGGUAAUGGCAACUGGCUAUAAUGGCACACCACGUGGCCUACGUAACUGCAAUGAAGGCGGGUGUGGACGUUGCAAUGAAGGUGCUUCAUGUGGUACAGGACUUGACAGAUGUCUUUGUAUGCACGCAGAGGAGAACGCUUUACUGGAGGCAGGCAGAGGCAGUUUUGUGUUUGAUAGCGGCGUUGUAUUGUACUGUAACACUUGCCCCUGUUUGGGAUGUGCUAUCAAGAUUAUCCAGCAAGGCAUCAAAGAAGUCGUGUACAACAGAUCGUACGGUAUGGAUCAAAUGACAGCCAAAGUGUUUAAAGAAGCUCAGGUCAAGUUAAGACAACACAGCCCUCCGUCCAUGCAAAUAGAAAUUGGAGCAGACAUAGAAGAGCAGAUAUCGCUUCUCGCGUUGAAAUAA